AUGGAUCGAACAUAUACGUAUCAAGGUGAUAUCUUUGGCAAUAAAAGUGUAGCCAAAGCAGCUUUCAACAUUGUAAGAACCAAUUGUUGUGAUGGGACCUGUGAUCUCACUAGGCAAAUUGUUUCAAUUCUACCGAAUGGGUCUAAUGAUUAUGAGAUACUUAAAACGCACAAAUAUACCUUAAUAUCGUUAGGGAAUCAUGGUAGAAAUUUGUAUAGAUUUGGUCAUUUUCCAGGAGCCUACCUAAUCACAAACUAUUACACCCCUUCCGAACAAUUAAUUAUCGCGAAUUCAAUGUUGACCCGGCACAUAAAUCCGCCUAACAUAAGCAACAUUACAAAGUUGAACCAAAAUGUCACAAAUUUGUUAGACUCGGAAAAUUUUUUAAAAAAAUUCAAAUGGGCCACUUGUGGCGAGCAAUAUGAUUGGGGCGAGCGUAAGUAUUUGAAAUCUUUAAAAUUGGAUCAGGAAUUUUUGGACCUCUCACAAGAAAUUACCAAUAGCAUUUAUCCAGAAAUAGAAGCCCACAUUCCUGAUGCUGCGAUUAUCAAUUUAUACAAUGGAAAUUAUCAUCUAAAUUUGCACAAGGAAGACGCGGAGGAAUCGAAUGCACCGGUUGUUACGAUUAGUUUAGGAAAAUCUGCUAUUUUUAUGUUGGGAAGAGAUGAUUUUAAUUCUCUUCCCAUGGCAAUUGUUGUAAAUUCUGGCGAUGUAUUCAUUAUAUCUAAUGAGUGUAGAUUCGGUUUGCAUGGCGUCGCAAAACUGGUCCAUGCGCCAAUAAAAUACAGUGGCUACGAUGUAUUUGGACAGCCAAUUCUUAUCAGGCAAAUAAACAGAACAAUUGAUAAACUGGACAGUCCGUCCAAUAAAAGUGUAGAUCCUGUUAUAGAUGCUAGAAUUGGAGAUAUAUUGACAACUUGCAGAAUUUCAAUCAGCAUAAGGAACGCUAAGAAGUGA